AUGUUGGGCAGAUGUCAAUACACCCUCAGCACAUUCGUCGAGAAAAAAAAACCCGGAUUGCGCGAUUGUUUCUUUCCGCAUGAGAAUUUCGGCGAGUAUGUGUCCAGAGGCGCCCGUAUGGUCGUCGAGCUACAGCUGCGAGGCUGUCCCCUGGAGCUUGCCCACGAGUUUGCCGUUCUGGUCCUGUACGAUCUAGUCAUUCUGGUUGACGACAGUCAUUCAUUGCUAGAAGAAUUCGACGGUAAUCAAACAUCGACGUUGCGGACAGUGUUGAGGGCGGUCUCAGAAAUCUACGAGCUGGCACGCGAAGAGGGAAUUCUGUCCGUCCGAUAUCUCAAUUCUCGACAGGGUCAGAAAAACGUCACCACGGAGAAGGUAGAUAAGAUAGUCGCCAAUAUUCGGUACCACGGUCUCAGCACGGUCGGCACACAACUGCAGCAAAAGGUCUUGGAGCCAUUCGUGCAGCGGAAAACGAUGACCAGGCCUUUACUGGCAAUGGUCAUAACCGACGGCAAUAUUGAGGGUGAGAGGAGGGGGACUCUAGAGAAUAACAUCCUCAACUGCCUGGCCAGGCUACAAACCGAUCCGGAAAAGACAGAGCAUGCUGUCGCCUUCAUGUUUGCAAGAAUCGGCGAGAACCGAGACGGCGAGGCCUUUUUGGCGACGCUGGAUGACCAUCAACAAAUCGGCAGGUGGAUUGAUAAUAUACCCGGUGGGUUGAUAUGCAUCCGUUUGGCGAAUUCUACUGACUUCUGGAUGAAGUGGACUGCCACCUAG